AUAAUGGAUAGCAUGAGAUUCCUAGCUAAAGAUCCCGAGAGAAGAAGUAAAUGGAUUGCUUCCAUAAAACGUGCUAGAAGCAGACGGAACCAAACCGAGCCAUGGGAGCCCACAAACAAUGGAUUUCGGUUAUGCUGUGACCACUUCAUAUCAGAGAAAAAGAGUGACAACCCUCUGUCACCUGACUACGUUCCUUCAAUCUUCAAUCAUGUUCCAUCCCAGGAGAAGAGAAAAAGAAGAAUGAGAUCCAUGACUUUGCUACCCAGUAAUGAUACAUUGGAUGAGGCUCUCACCAUCGAGCCUGAUUUGAUAUCUGUCUUAAAAAACAUCACCAGCCGGCUUGACAGUGGAGUGCCUCCACGGUCCAACAGUGUGAAUGUCAUGAGGGAGUCUGUACUGGAGAGUGCCUUCAGAGCAUUCAGGAGGCCAAGGUUUUCUCCAGAUCAUCGCCUCAAUGUUGUGUUUGUUGACGUUGAUGGCACCACAGAGGGGGCUGUAGAUGACGGCGGCCCUAGCAGAGAAUUCCUCCGCCUGCUGGUCAUGGCAAUCAAAGACAGCAUGUACUUCACUGGACCAGAGGACAAGAAAAACGUGUCUUUGAUAUCCCGUGCUUUGGAUUCUGGAGAGUACAAAUAUAUUGGAGAAAUGCUCGCUUUUGCCAUUGUCCACGGAGGCAUCAGGCCGUCCUUUUUUUCAGAGCGCCUCUACUGCAUGCUUGCCCAUUGUCCAACUCCACCAAUUAAGAUUGAGGAGGUGGAUGACAUGGAAAUUCGGGAGAAGUUGCAAAGGAUAAAUGAUGCAGAAACACUUCUGGAUGCUCGUGAGGCACUCCUAGAGGCAUCAGGCAUUUUUUCUCUGCUUGGGUGCCCUGGCUUCCUUCACACUCUAGACCAAAGACAAGCCCUUGUGGAGGAAGCGGCAAGGACCUACAUUGAGGGCCGAACCCACAAGGCUGUGGAACAGUUGGAAGCGGGACUUCAGCAGUUUGGAAUUGCUGAGGCAAUAGCAAAGCAUCCGGAGGUAAUGAAACCUCUUUUUGUUGGAGGCCCCAAAGGUGUUGAUAUGGAAGACCUUCAGAACCUCUUCACCGUAACUUUUUCUGAGCCAGGGAGCAACAGGCGCAGACAUGAGAACCAGGCUUUCAUGUUCUGGAAAGACUGGCUCCUGGAGGUGGAUGAGGGAACUAGACCUGUGACCCUGCAACAAAUAUUAACAUUUGCCUCAGGGGUAGACACCAUUCCACUGCUUGGGUUUCCCUACCCACCACAGCUGGAAUUCUUGCAUGGCGACAAUGACAGUAGGAGAGUGUUCCCAGAGGCUAACACUUGUCAAGUUGUCUUAAGGCUGCCUCUGCACACCUCUUAUGACAACUUUAUCCAUUUCAUGGAGUCUGGGAUACUGCAGUCCCCGACUUUUGGAGUAAUCUAGUCAAUAUAUAUACAUAUACACGAUGUACCACUUCCGAGUUUGUGCUGCCGGAUUUCAUUUUUUUAUUUUUUUUUUCUCCCCUUUUUGGAUGCCUUCCGUU